AUGGAUUAAGUUGUUUAAACAAAAUUUAAAUCUUAGAAUUCGAUUUACAGUAAAAUGAAAUUAACGAUAAUAUGUUCUUUAAAAUAUGCAACCGAAUUUCAAAUUGUUCCUAACAAAAAUAAAAUAUGUUUUGCUGAAUAGUAUGAAUUAGGGUUUUCAAAAUGUUUAAAUCUUAAAGUUUUUAAUCUAGAAUUAAACAAAAAUAAAAUUGAAUACCUUGGAGCUUCUCACUUAGCUAAUUAGUUGGCUAAGAUUUCUAAUUUAAAAACCUUUAAACUUGAUUUAAGUUCUAAUCAAAUUGGAAGUUUAGGGGCAGCAAACUUAGGAACGGGAUUAGCCAAUUUAAAGGCCUUGGAAGUGCUUAGCCUUUCGUUAGAGCUAGACCAUUUGUAUGAUAAAAGUGUAUCAGAAUUAUGCAAAGGAUUGAAAAAUUCAUAGAAUCUUAAUAGUUUGUCUUUGUAUCUUGAAAAUAAUAAAAUAGGAAAUUAAGGUGCUCAUGAAAUAGGCAAUUAUUUAGGAUCAAUGAAGAGUUUAAAAACAUUGAUUAUUGAUUUAAAAAGAAACAAAGUAAGCUAAUAAGGUGGUUUUGAUCUUUGCAGUGGGUUAUCAAACUGCUAAAGUGUCUCUGAGCUUUCUCUUGAAUUUUACUAUAACUCUGUAAAUGAAGAACUAGUCGAUGGACUUUGUUCAAGGCUAGGCAAUUGCUUGAAUAUAACUAGCUUAUAUAUUGGCUUAAGUGAUAACUAGAUUAUUGCCAAAGGUUCAUCACGUCUUUUUGUAGGUUUAGAAAAUUGCUUGAAUCUUAAAACUUUAACAAUUGACUUAACUACAAAUAAAAUCGGAUCAAAAGGCUUAACAAGUUUAGGAAAUUCAUUAAAAAAUUGUUAAAACUUGAAAAAUCUAACUCUUAAGUUAAGUGAUAAUAAAAUUGGCGAUAAAGGUGUGGCUAUUUUAGGUAGUGCUUUAGCAAACUGUUUUAAUUUGAUUUCGUUAACUUUAGAUUUAGCGAACAAUAGCAUUAGUGAGAUAGGAGGAUAAGAUUUUGGUUAUAAUUUAGGAAAAUGUAAAGGACUUGCUUUUUUAUCAAUUAAUUUAGUAAUGAAUAAAAUAGGGUCUUUAGGUGUUAGCGGUUUAACUAAAAGAUUUCAUCAAAUUGCACAUUUAAAAAAUCUAAUUUUAUAUUUAAACAACAAUAAAAUUGGAUCCUAAGGAAUACUUGAACUAGGUAUUGGAAUAAGAUUAAUAGUCAGUCUUUUAACUUUGAAUAUUGAUUUAAAGUAAUAAUUUUGUUUUUAUAUUUUUAUCAUUAUUAUUAUUGAUUGA